CAGAUUAAAAGUCUGAUGCUCUACCGACUGAGCUAUCCGGGCUCACGGGUUUUUAAACAGUGUGAUGUGGAAAAGAAGGGCUACUUGUCCAGAGAAGAUCUUAAGGUGGCAGUUGUUAUGCUUUUCGGAUAUAAACCUUCAAAGUCAGAAACCAGUAUGAUGAUGGAGGCUGGUGUGGAGCCAAACUGCCCAGGUAUGAUGAUGAGCAGGUCAUGUCUGAUUACAGGGGUCCCUUUGGAGCACUUUGUGUCUCUCAUGAGGAGGAAGUUACCAGCAGGGGAUCCAUACGAGAAGACGAGACAGCUCUUCAGCGCAUUUGAUCUACACUGCCGUGGGUUCCUGAAGUUGGAGGACUUCAGAAAUGUGUUUGCACGUGUGGCUCCUCGCCUGCCUGAGCGCACCGUGCUGGAGGCUUUUCGCAGAAGAAUGGAGCGCCCUGCAGGCUUCACACCAUUAGCAGAGAGGCUGGUGCCUCUUUAUGCGCAGCAGAUUUAUGGGCGCGCGCCUGGCGCUCCUGACGAACGUUAACGCCGUCAUCGCUUCUCUGCCGCCCGCCUGUUGCCAUGGCGACAGCGUACUCCGAGCCAGGGCCCCAACGCACCUUGAGCAGUGCCUGCAGUUGUUUUUUUGUUUUUUUUGUUUUUUUUUUUCUUCCCUUCCCUUUCCUUCCCUUCCCUUCCCUUCCUUCUCCCUUUUCUUCCCCCCCUCUCCCCCGCGUCUUCUCUUUUCUUCUCUUUUGUUGUCGGUGUUUCCAGAGCAACUAUCCGUCAUCUCCUUUCCAUAAAUACUUGCUGCACACAUUCUUGAGAGAACGGCAAGCUCAGCUUUCGCAUUGUCUGCUCCGAACGCUCACAGCUGUAAUCAAACCGUGCAGAUAGAUGUCAAGUGUUGCUGUAUUUAUCUAAAAAAAACAAAAAAAACAAAAAACAAACAAACACAAAAAAGCUUUGUGCGUUCAUUUACACAUUUUUCUUUCUUUUUUUUUUUUUACUUCAUUUAAUCGAACUCAUUUGAACAGAACAGCGACGGAAUGAAGCCGAAGCUUUGACGACCGAACAAGACGGUAUUUUCACGCGAGAUCAAUUUUCCCUUAAUGUUCCUGAGCGAAAGUAUUCGCGUCCUUUCAUGUUUCCCGUGUCACCCGAACUCCGGUAAACCGAAAGCUCUUAUCAGAGUGAAAUAAUGAAGUAAUUAUACACAACUCUGAAUGUUUCAGCACUUGAGUGUAAAAGAUUAGUCAGUUUACCCAAAGACUCAUCUAAAACUUCAGCUUCCUCUGCCUUCCGAGUCUCUUUAAUCAGCUGAAAGGAUUCCUGAUGAAUAUGAGGAUUCAUUAGCGAUCUUAAAUUAAACUUCGCUAGCUGUUGCUCUCCUAUGAACCACUGGUGGCUUUUUAUUUAUUUAUUUAUUUAAAAAUAAAUAAAUAAAUAAAUAAAUAAAUAAAUAAUUCUUCCAAAGUAGUCACGUUCCUCCACCAUGUGACGCGGAGCACACGUGAAGCUCCAGGACGUCUCAGACCAGCUCUCUCUGGGAAUCGACCCGUUCCGAGUCUCUCCAGCAGUGUCCACUCACACGGGCCUGGAGUAGGGUCGCGAUCCAGCACGAGCACUUUUUUUUUUAAUGGGAGAGCGAGCGGGAGAGAGACUCCUACAGAUCAGCUGCAUAAUUAGCCUCGCUUGCUCCCAGCGUGAGUGCGUUUACUGCAUAUUGAGAGUUUGCCCUUUUCUUUUGCCACCAUAUCAAGGUAAUUACAUUUCUUUUUGUAGCACCGUGAAAGGAGGCAUCACCGGCCUGCAGUUUUACUGCCUGCCCAAAGAAGCUGGGAGUACAUAAAUCCCUUAAAGUAGCUCUUUCUCUCCCUCCUCCCGCUGACACAGUGAGCUUAAUAAAAGCACAAUGAGGCAGUCUGAGUGCAGAGUAAACAGCUAAUAGUAAUGGGAACGUGGCGUUUGGGAGCCGUGUCACUGUUGACAGAGCGCAGUCACGCCCACCUGAGCUCUGCUUUUCUGAUUGGCCAGAAGAUUAGUUCAAUAACUUUCUUUAGUUUUCUUACGUGACGUGACGUGACGUAUACUCAGAAUUCGGUCUCUGCAUUUAACCCAUCUAAAGUGCACACACACAGCAGUGAACACACACACACACACACACACACACACACACACCGUGAACACACACCCGGAGCAAUGGGCAGCUAUUUAUGCCGUGGCGCCCGGGGAUCAGUUGAGGGGUUCGGUGCCUUGCUAAAGGGCACCUCAGUCGUGGUAUUGCCAGCCUGAGACUCGAACCCACAACCUUAAGGUUAGGAGUCAGACUCUCUAACCAUUAGGCCACGACUUCCCCCAACUUAACUGCACUAGUGUUAUAUGUUAACGUUCACCCUUACGCUAAGAACACGUAUACACUGAAUAAAUAUUUAACACGUACGUAAGGAGUCUCCAGCGUCGGCGCUCAGUACAGACGCAGGGUUCGGUUUUCCGACCGCUUCGACACGUACCGUAUAUCUUCGAUCGAUUUUUCCGACACGUGGAAUAAAAGUAUAAAGUAGAUAUUUUUAUACGGCAGUGUAUUUGCGGUUUGUAAUUCUUUUGUCCGUAUCGUUCACCUUUCCUAGAACCCUCGAGUCUCAGUUUUGUGGUCGGAGAGCAAAAGAAAAAAAAGUCAUUCCUUUUUUUUUGUUCUUUCACCGAUUUCUGUCGUAAAGGAAACUCUUUAGAAAUGAUUGCAGCUCUCAGGAGUCGGCUUUGCUGUUUCGUUUUACACAAACAAGAUUUUUGUGUGUGUGUGUGUGUUAGUUUGCCGUCUGGUUCUGCGCUCCUCCGCCGGCUUGUUUUUGAUUCAGAGGGAGAAAGUUGGGCGAGGGCAGACUGGGCUAGCAGAGGGUAAUGCAGUAAUCACAUUGGUUCCCCCUGGAGUGGGCGAGAGGGUUAGCAGAGUGCUGCCCUCUGCCUGUGGCGACUCCCCCAGCUGCUGCACUCCAGAAAGCCUGGCUGUCUCACUCACACACACACACACACACACACACACACACACACACACACACACACACACACACACACACACACACUGACACAACAUACUACACAUCAUAGUUGUCACCGUUCUUGUUUAAAUAUAUUUGAAUUUCAGUCACUUAAAGCAUUUAG